AAGACCUGCUGGUAGACGUGACAUACUCGACAGAUAACAAACCAUUUGCACUUAGCCUUUAGCCUGUGCAUUUGCCGUGAGACGGCUGUGCUCGCCACCUUCGCGAGCGACGGACAACGCAGCGGUCCUGGUCUAAAAUCACUUGACUUAGCCGACAGAAAAUCCCAAUAACGAAUACUUGCUGCAUAAUUUCACUAAGCCAGUUACCGCGUAUCAGGAGCGAGUCACAACACGCAAAAGCCCCGCGAUGGGGCAGGCAUUCACGAAGCUGUUUGACAGAUGGUUUGGGAACAGGGAGAUGCGCGUGGUGAUGCUGGGCCUGGACGCGGCAGGAAAGACCACCAUCCUCUACAAGCUUCACAUCGGCGAGGUGCUCACCACUGUGCCGACUAUCGGCUUCAACGUUGAGAAGGUGCAAUACAAGAACGUUGUGUUCACGGUGUGGGACGUGGGCGGCCAGGAGAAGCUGCGGCCACUGUGGCGGCAUUACUUCAACAACACGGAUGGGCUCAUCUUCGUGGUGGACAGCCAGGACCGCGACCGCAUCGGCAAGGCGGCGCAGGAGUUCCAGGCCAUCCUGCAGGACCCGCUGAUGCUGCACAGCGCCAUCCUGGUGUUCGCCAACAAGCAGGACAUGAAGGGCUGCCUCACGCCCGCCGAGGUAUGCACGGCGCUGGGCUUGAGCGACAUGCGCACGCGGAAGUGGCACGUACAGAGCUCUGUGGCGACGCGCGGCGAGGGUCUGUAUGAGGGGCUCGACUGGCUUGCGACCACACUCAAGAACUCGAAUGCGGGGCGGCCGGUGUAAGGCGUGCUGCAGGACCGUGAGAUAGUGCAAGGUGCGGAGGAGUAGCAGCGCAGGCCAGUUGAGGUUGGCGGGUGCUGGGAUUAGGUGUGGAGUGCGGCAGGCAGGCAGGUUGGUCUUGUCGGGUGUCGGAGAGGCGGAGGUGCACAGGGUGAAGACAAUGCCAGGGCCGUUGGUGCAGGGCGGGGGGCGUGAUGUCUGUAUGUACAGCGUUGAGUGAGGCAUUGAGAGAUUUGGGGGGGGCUCUUGACUGCGGAGCACGCGAACAUGGGCUGGGUCUGCGGCCGGCCCAAACCAGGAAGGUGCUGCACCAGGGCUCACGAACAAGCAACCAGAAAAGCAACGUGUGUGCACGUUGCAUGGUGUAGGGGAGGUAGGGCAGGCGGGACUCCCGGUCAGUCAAGGAGUGUAUCUGGUUGGGCCGCGCGGGCAUCAGGUAAGUCACGGGCCCGGCAAGGUCAUCGCCUAGUCAGGAUGGGCGUCCGUGCGGCGCGGUCUGGUGAGGUCCCGUACGGCGCAGGUUGUAAUUUGCGGCAGGA